AGUGCAUGCUUUACUGAAACAACGUCACUCGCAAUCGUUUGUUUAGGCCCGCAUGCAUCUAUAGUGGUUUUUGCUCAUCAUUUCGGCCAGGUAUAACGUGUAAACAUGGACACAAUUGAUAAGGUUAUGGAAGCUUCAGAGGAAGGAACUGACUUAGAUGCAGCUUUUCAGCAGUACCAGCGCCUGACCAGCACUACUGCUGACUGCAGUGGUGUUGCAACAGCAGCAGGACCUCUGGCAAAGAAGCCUAAAAAGGGAAACGGUGAAGGAGGAAGAGGGAGAAAACGAGGAAGAAGGCAGAGAGAAGGCAGCAGCGACUCAUCGACCCAUGGACCCAACCGAGCAAGUCGCGGCGGUGAUCGAGCACCGGUGGGGAGAGGGAGUAGGAGGGUACCUCUCGCACUUCACAUCGUGACACAUGGUGACAUCGCCGCCCAAAUAAAUGAGUUCAUGACGACAAAACUCAAGGAGAUUAUCUCUGGAAUGGAAAGAGCAGAAGUUGAGGCUCUGCUACUCCGGGAAGUGGACAGGGAUCCUGACAUGAUGUUUGAUCUUAUAAAUAAUCUAUAAGAUCCACAGCGGCCAGGCCCAGAAGAUCCGAUCCAGGAAGAAUUGUUUAGGAUUUGAUAGAAGUCAUAGAACCCAAGCGUAACACCUAUUUCACACUUUCCAACUCAGUUUUUUUUUAAACUCAGUAUUCUUAUUAAAUUUCCAGUAUUGGUUACAUAACUUACAUUCACUUUGUUCCAUGUUGAUGAAAUGGCAAAAAAGUGAAAAACACAAUUAGAAAUCCAAAUCUUUACUAGGCUACAACAAACACUACCAACUUUAUUCCACAAUAAUUUAUCUGUAUAUUCAACUAGAAUUUAAAUUGGUGCUUGUGCACAAAUAUCUCAAGUGACCUACAGUCGUCCAUGCUGCC